AUGUGGAUCAUUGCAAAAAUCUGCCUGUACUUGUCCUUCAGUUGUAUCUCUGUAGCUUCUAUCUUCAGAUCAGGUCCCUGUCAGCUCCAGGGGCAAUUCAGGCUGAACGGGAUGUUCCAGGAAGGAGAUCUCAUCCUUGGAGGGCUAUUUGAGGUUCACUUCCUCACAGUGUUCCCAGAGCAGAGCUUCAGAACAGAGCCAGAACCACCAUACUGUGAGCAAUUUGAUAUGGCAAGUUUCCAGCAGGCACAGACUAUGGUCUUUGCAAUAGACGAAAUCAAUAGGAAUCCAAACCUGCUUCCGAACAUCACUCUUGGUUAUUAUCUUUAUGACAACUGUGUCAAGUUGAGUGUGGCAUUCAGGGCUGCUAUGGCUCUUGUUAGUGGCACAGAGGAAUCAUUCUCCAGCCUAAACUGCACUGGCCCUCCACCAGUGAUUGCCAUAGUGGGGGACCCUGGAUCUACCCACUCAAUUGCAAUCUCUAGUAUAUUAGGGCUGUUUAGAGUGCCUAUGGUUAGCUACUUCGCAACCUGCUCCUGUUUAAGUGACAGGAAAACAUACCCAUCUUUCUUCAGAACAAUACCCAGUGAUGCUUUCCAGGUGCGGGCUAUGGUUCAGAUCUUAAAGCGUUUUGGAUGGACCUGGGUUGGUCUGCUCUACAGUGAUGAUGACUAUGGAAUCUACGCUGCUCAGUCAUUCCAGAAGGAAAUGCAGCUCUUUGGAGCAUGUGUUGGCUUUUCUGAAAUGCUGCCUCGUGAUAAUAACCAUGAAGAUAUCCAGAGUAUUGUGGAAGUGAUUCAGACUUCAACAGCUAGAGUGGUGGUGGUGUUCUCCACAGAAGCCUAUUUAUUACCACUGAUGGAUGAGGUGGCAUUGAAAAAUGUGACAGGCAGGCAGUGGAUUGCGAGUGAAGCUUGGGCCACCUCUCCUGUGUUUCAUACUCAGCAUCUCCUGCCCUUCCUUGGGGGCACACUGGGCAUUGCAAUAAGGCGUGGGGAGAUCCAGGGCCUUAAAGAAUUUCUGUAUUACCUCCAUCCUGACAGCAAUACAAGGAACAAUAUUGUAAGAAUCUUUUGGGAGAACAUUUUUGGGUGCAGUUUUGAGAUUGGAGGCAGAGAGAGAAAGGUUUGUACAGGGCAAGAAGAUCUGAAAAGCACAAACACAGCAUACACUGAUGUAUCAGGACUGAGGGCCUCUUAUAAUGCAUAUAAAGCUGUUUAUGCUCUAGCCCAUGCACUUCAUGACCUGAUGCAGUGUGAAGAUGGGAGAGGACCAUUUAGUGGAAACAAAUGUGCAGACCAAAUCAACCUACAGCCCUGGCAGGUAGUCCAUUAUCUUCAAAAAGUAAACUUUACCACAGGAUUUGGAGAUCAUGUGUCAUUUGAUGAGAAUGGAGAUGCUCUGGCCAUCUAUGAUGUGAUGAACUGGCAGCCGAGUUCAGAUGGUGCAAUAAGUGUUAGCACAGUUGGUGUGGUGAAUGAAGGGGCUUCAAUGAAGAUGGUGCUCACACUGAAGGAGAAUUCAAUAUUCUGGAACUUUAAAAACAGAAAACCCCCACAGUCUGUGUGUAGUGAGAGCUGCCCCCCAGGCACCAGACAAGUCAGGAGGAAGGGCCUUCCUGUCUGCUGUUUUGAUUGCCUGCCAUGCGCAGAUGGAGAGAUUUCUAACACAACUGAUGCUAUUGAGUGCAAAAUAUGUCCUGAUGAGUUAUGGCCCAAUCCAAAUAAAGAUCAGUGUGUCCCAAAAGAAGAAGAUUUUUUGUCCUUUGAGGAUCCUCUGGGCAUCUCUCUGACCACUGCUUCCCUGCUUGGCACCUGCUUCUGUGCUCUUGUUAUGGUCAUCUUCUCUCAUCAUCGUAACACUCCUGUAGUUCGUGCCAACAAUUCAGAGCUCAGCUUCCUGCUACUUUUGUCACUCAAACUGUGUUUUCUGUGUGUGUUGCUGUUCAUUGGACGACCAAAGUUAUGGACAUGUCAGUUAAGGCAUGCUGCAUUUGGCAUAAGUUUUGUUUUAUGUGUCUCCAGUAUCCUGGUCAAGACUAUGGUGGUAAUAGCCGUGUUUAAAUCAUCUCGGCCUGAGAGUAAAAGUGCCAUGAAAUGGUUUGGGGUAGCUCAACAAAGAGGGACAGUUAUGGCCCUAACCACCCUCCAGAUUGUGAUAUGUACAGUUUGGUUAAGCAUGGCAUCCCCAAAACCCUAUAAAAACAGCCUGUAUAUCUCCUCCAAAGUUGUCUAUGAAUGUGAUAUUGGCUCAGUAGUUGGUUUUUCUCUAUUGCUGGGAUACAUUGGUCUUCUGGCAGCAGUAAGCUUUCUAUUUGCCUUCCUGGCAAGAAACCUUCCAGAUAAUUUUAAUGAAGCCAAAUUUAUUACAUUCAGUAUGUUGAUUUUCUGUGCUGUGUGGAUUACAUUUGUUCCAGCUUAUGUGAGUUCACCAGGAAAAUAUGCAGUGGCUGUGGAGAUAUUUGCAAUUUUAGCUUCCAGUUUUGGAUUACUGGUGGCUAUAUUUGCCCCAAAGUGCUACAUGAUCCUUUUUCAUCCAGAGAGAAACACUAAAAAAUCAAUCAUGGGAAGAGCCACACAAAUUAAAUAGUUUAAACUGACAAUUUAAUAGGGAAUAAUAAACAAAUGUAUGAUGUUAUCAGUUGUUUUCUUCAGAAAUGUAUUAUUUUGGUUGAUCACUGAUCAUUUAAAUAAAAAAAGAGGCAAAUGCAAAGUGUGUGAGCUAAGGUGAAGCCAAUCUGAGCCAGAAGUGAAUGUGGUAAGGAAUACAAACUCUUUUGGGUGAUUCAAUCCAUGCAGUUUUAGUUCAUUUCUAAAGAACUUUUCACAAUAAUUAUUGUUCCAAAGCAGCCUUACAAAAGGUGCACAUUUUUAUUUUACAGAUGAAAUCUGAAAACAUAAGAACUUGUGUAUAGAGUGGUCAUUAUAUAUAAACAUAGUUAACCUGCAGUCAAAAAAAAAAAAAAAAUACAAUAGUAUAAUACAAUAUACAAUAGUAUAUUGUGUCCUUCCAAAAAAGGUGUUUUCUAUGUGUACAUGUAUAAUGAAAUGUAAAACUAAACCAUAUAGUACAACACCUUAGAUGUCCAGUAGAUGAAUCUUGUGGUCAAAACCACAAGUGGCAAUAUGCAACUGGGCAACAAAGACAGUACUUCAAAAUGACAUAUUUAGGGAGCCUGAAUCUUAUUAUAUUUUUGAUAUCUGUUGUGGACCAGAAUGUGUUAUGGUUCUGGCUAUUCCAUUAAUUAAUCAAGCUCAGUCUUUAGGUUUUAAAGAGCCCCUAUUAUGGGUUUUUGAAAAUAAACUUCCAUGCAGUGUGUAACUGCUCUAAGUGAAUUGAAAUAUUAAGCUAUGGCUUAAAUCUUAACGUAAACCAUGUUUAAAACUAUUGAUUAAUCAGAAUGUGGAAAAUUAAAACCCCCAGCCCUGCCCACAAAAACUUUAGAAAGAAAAAAGAGGAAGACACUGUAGCAGAUACUGGUUGAAUCAAGUCGCAUAGAUGUUGUGCACAAAAGUGUGAUGGAAAGUUUUUUACGCAUGGAUCAGGAAUGUUUGGAAUAAAUUUGUGAAGUAAUUCUGGAGUUAUAUAAAGUCUCAUAUUCCAUUUAUAUUGCAGAAGUUUGAAUCAUGUAUUAACUGUCUGGGUUUGUGCCUUUAGACAGAUACUCUGCCAUUCAUCUUCUGUGAUACUCUCACUCAGAUCUUGACACCAUGCCAACCAUUUAUUGUCUGUAUUUUCUUUGCAAUUAUUGAAGAUUAGUCUGUAAUAAUAAUAAUAAAGAAAUUUGCCCGCCCCCA